UGAAAGCUCAAAAUCUCUAUAAUCAAGAUAAUAACAACAUCGGAACUUCGUAGCAAACGAUUCAGUGUGUUUUACGUAAUACCCGCUAAGACGGCGCUUCCCUGCUUAUUGUCAGUGAAAGAAGGUUCGUUCCACUUGUCUCAGUCGCGCAUGAAGAAAACAAACAUUGGCGAACGGUAUCGCCUGUGACGGCAAAGAAAAGUAGGCGAAGAAAGUGGCCACAGAGUGUGACGUCAGCAGUAGGUGCGGCAGGUUGUAGUUGUGUCUGUGUACGUACGUGUGAAACUCCAGUGUUUCGAAAGCAUUGCGUAUUUCGUGACUGAAAGCGAACGAGACAGAGAGAGAGAGAGAGAGAGAGAGACAGAGCGUGUGUAAUCCAAAACAGAAGACGCGAAGAUAUUCAACCGGUUUGCGCUAUCUCGCCGGCCCGGCCUCCUCCCCCGGGGGGCACAGUAAAACUAAUACAGGAUUCCGAAUAUAAUCUGAAAUUCAUAAAACGAAACGCGCCGCUGGAUGACGACGACGACGGGCGAUGAAGAAACACUAAACGCUUGCCACCGAACGCUGUCGAAAUCGAAGAAAAAGAAACACGCUUUCCACCAUCCACAUCAUCAUCGUCGGCAUCGAAAUUUCACGUAACGUGAGCUGAAAACCGUAGCAGGCAGUGCCAACCUGGAAGCAGACUGUCGGUAGAGAAGGGCGUUGCUUGUGUUUUGAUUUAGUUUUUCCAAAAAAGCCGUAAGAACCAAAGAGCGAGAGGAUCCAGCAAGGCACGAAAAUGUUUUCCAAACUGGCGCAACUGUCGACCGGUCAGCUGUCGCGGGCCCUGCUUGGGGGGGCCAGACAGCCCACCGCCCUCCUGGUGGCUGCUGCUUGCCGCGGCAUCUCCAAGAGCAGCGAGGUGAACAAUUCGGACUACAUGACGAUCCGGACUGACAACCAGAACCAGACGAGCGCUCGCAGUAGCUGCGACAGCAAGCAACAGAUAAGACUGAAGAAGGUGUCAAGAACACUCUCGACGCUGAACUCAUCCGUACCGGAAGCGGCAGCUCAGACGGCCGUCCCGAAGAGCGAAAGCCGCGAGUUUAUGGCCGUAUUUCCUGAUCUGGUGCGCGAUCUGACCGAGUACGCGCGCAAGUUCGACAAGAACGUCGCCACCAAGUGGUUCGUUCGUGCCCUCCAGUACAAUGUGCCGAAGGGCAAGAAGAACCGUGGGCUGGCCUCGGUCCUGGCGUACCGGAUGCUGGCGAAACAUGAGGACAUCACUCCGGAGAACAUUCGCCGGGCACAGUACCUGGGCUGGUGCAUCGAAAUGCUUCACACGAUGUUCCUACUGAUGGACGACAUCAUGGACGGGAGCACGAUGCGCCGUGGCCAAGAGUGCUGGCACAAGCUGGACGACGUGAAGAUGGUGGCCAUCAACGAUGGUAUCAUGAUCGAUGCGGCCAUUUUCUACGUGCUCAAGAAGCAUUUUGGCAACGAGCCGUACUACCCGAGGCUGCUGGAGGAGUUCAGCAACAUGAAGUUCAUCACGACGAUCGGCCAGAGUCUGGAUCUGCAGUCGGCCACGCUGGAUGUGACCCAGUACACGAUGGACAUUUACAAAUCGAUCGUCUUCCACAAGACUGCCUACUACACCUUCUACCUCCCGGUGGCCAUGGCGAUGCACAUGACCGGAUACACCGAUCCGGAAAUGUUCCGCCAGGCGAAAACGAUCCUGCUCGAGAUCGGGCAGUUCUACCAGGCACAGGACGAUUUUCUCGAUUGCUUCGGCGACCCGGCCGUCAUCGGGAAGGUCGGUACCGACAUUGCCGAGGGCAAGUGCAGCUGGUUGGCGGUGGUCGCGAUGCAGCGCGCUACCGAGGAGCAGAAGCAAGUCAUGAAGGCGUGCUACGGCUCACAUGAUCCGGAGAAGAUUGCACGCGUUAAGAAGCUCUACGAACAGCUCGGCCUUCCCACAACGUACGCGAUCUACGAGGAGGAGUCGUACAAUAUGAUCAAAACGCACAUUCAGCAAAUUUCGCGCGGCUUACCGCACGAAUUGUUCUUCAAGAUAAUGGAGAAAAUCUACCGGCGCGAUGCAUAAAUCUGCUAUCACUACUGUUAUCCUUCCGCCAACCGAUUCGCGAUGGCUCCCAUUCUCGUGCAGUCCAAAACUAAAGCUUUUAGAUUGUAUCCGAACCUUGGGAGCGUGGUUGUGUGGAAAUGAACCCAGGACAGGAGCACACACAAUUAACACCGUAUACGGAUCAUGCCGUACACGUGAGGUUAUCCGGUGUCACCCUGCGCGUGCAGAGUGUUUGAAUCUAUCGUUUCAAAGUUUGUUCAUCGAUACAUGUUCAUUUUUGUCGUGUUUUCCAUCAAUCAAACAUUACGUUACUCUGAGGGACAGAGAACCUACGCAUCAUUCGACUGUAAAUACGCUCAAAGAUUAUUGCACACGAACGUUAGUUUGUUAGGAAAAGUACGUUAGUCGAAAACAACGAAAAGAGGAUGGUACGAUUUUUUGAGACACUAAUGCCGCCGGAUGUAGAAACUGUGGCCGAGGAUUUUCAGAAAAUCUCUCUCGCCAAUAGCAAAAGCGAAAACAAAGUUUAAAAAUUUGUUUACGUUUAUUUUGGAAACAAUGUGAUCAAACUUUCCCAAAUCUUCUUUUGUGCACUUUCGAGUUCAUCUACUUACGGAACCGAAGAAAAUUACGCAGUCUGUUUCAGUACAUUUUGCGUCCGAGUUCGCGGACUAGAGCUUUUUGGCCACCGGGUAAGAAAAGUAACCAGCACCUAGCAUUUUAGGCACACCAUUUUUGCUGCUCGGCACAUGAAUAGAAAGGUUUUUGAGAUUCGAGGGAAUUGGAGUGUGAACAGAGGCAGCAAUCAUUUUUACGCCUAUAAUAUUUGGAACUGUGCUAACCUUACAUACUAAUCAGAGAGAAAAAGAGCAUUACUCCCGGGGGGACAUGGACAUGGACGUAAGGGUCGAUUGAGUUGCGUACCGUAGAAGGAAAUCUGGUUUGAAAUGUGAGAAAGAGAUUCAAAAGUGAGUCGGACUGAAAGUGACGGCGUCAGUGGGAAAGUGUAAACGCGAUGGGUAGGUUUUAGAAUGAGAAUUUAAGGUAAAGCCGUAUGUUAAUUUUCGAAUGGAUUUAGAUUCAGAUUACGUAUUAUAUAGAAAAAAAACGUAUCAAAGAGACAAUA